AUGUCUGCUGUAGUUUCCAAGUCUCGAGUCUGCGCCGCACCGCCAGCUGCAAUUGCUGUGCGAGAGAAGUUAGGCUGCCCGCCCAAUACUCACCACCCCGCAGGCAAUGACCCAGAGCUCGACCCCGACAGGCCGGCCGACCCCCCAACAAGGGCCAUCGAGAAGCCCGUUAUGAGGCACGGCAAGCGCGACGGUACCGAUGCCCCCAAGCCUGCGCCCGAGCGAACAGGCACCCAGACCCGCGCCAAACAGACCGCCAGCGCGAACGAGAACGCUUUCCGGGAUCGCGGUGUCGGCGCUGACAAGAACCGUGGCCGUGGAUCAGGUGAGCCUUCUGGAACUGGUGAGCGUGGCAACUACCGCGGCCGUGGCCGUGGUGGCCGUGGCGGAGGCCGUGGUGGUCCCCGUGCCGAUGGUGACCGUCGCAGCAGGACCGGCAUCGGUGAGCAGGAGAAGCAGGCUGCUCACGGCUGGGGCGGAAACGACGGCAACGCUGAGCUCGAGGACGAAGUAGCUGGCGAUGCCAUUGCCAAGGCUGAAGAGAAGGAUGCCGUCGCUGACGCUGCUGAGGGCGAGAACCAGCCCGAGCCCGAGCCAGAGGACAGGAGCAAGUCCUACGCUGCCUACCUUGUUGAGCAGGCCGAGAAGAAGCUCGGCCUCGCCGCCCAGAACGUCCGCAAGCCCAACGAGGGCAGCAGCAAGAAGUUCCCCGAGGGCAAGGCUCUGAGCCGCGAAGAAGAGGAGGAGGCCUACAUGGCCGGCCAGGGUGCCAAGGCCAAGCGUGAGCGCCAGCGCAAGGAGAAGGUCCACGUCGAGCUCGACGGCGACCGUAUGCUUGCUCCCCCUCCCCGUGAGGGUGGUAGCCGUGGUGGCCGCGGACGCGGCGACGGUACCCGUGGUCGUGGCGAGGGACGCGGUCGUGGCGGCGGUGAAUUCCGUGGCGGCGAAGGUCGUGGCCGUGGCGGAGACCGUGGCGAGUUCCGCGGCGGACGCGGUCGUGGCGAUGGUGCUCGCGGUGCCCGUGGUGAUGCCCGUCCCCGUGGUGGACGUGGUGGACAGUCUGGCCCCAACAUCGCCGACUCCAGCGCUUUCCCCAGCCUGGGCGCAUAAGUUCGACAAAUCCAUGUCGACUAACACACGACUCGAGCAGCCGUGUCAAACAUCCGUCACACAUGUGUAGAUGGACCUGGAACGAAAUCAAGCAAAGGAUCUGACAAUGAUUGAACGACGAGUUGAGCUGGAAAUGCAGCACGAUCUAAGGAUCACAAAAUGGAUGGAUGGGGCGGUCGGGCUUCGAAAAAUUAACUCUCAUCUACCUCAGUAUCCAAUGCCAUAUUCCGUGAGCCUAAUUC